AUGACUUCACGUACUAUAAAAGAACAACGUCUUUUUCCUUCACAAGUUUCUAAAAAACCUUUCACUACAUUUCGUCCACCAAAAAAGUCACGUACGAAUGCAUCAUCAUCAUUUUCAACAGAUCCAUUGGGAAAUACCAUUAUAACACGUACAGAAGCUACACCAAAGACACGUAUUGUUGUAGUUCGUUCAUCAAGUCGUACACAAAAUGAACAAGGAGAAACAAAUGAAUUAGAACAACCAAAUUCAGUCCAAUUUCCACCAGUACUAACUAAUGGACUUACAUCUGUUUAUCUUAUUCGACGGCCUAUUCCACCAUCUGAAUCAUCAAUACAAACAAAAAUCUAUCAACCAACAGAUGAUGAACCACCAAUAAUAACUACUACUGAUAAUACACUUACGAAUACAGAAAAUACUGAAACUUCACCUGGUCAAGUUUUUUCACUUGUAAUACGUACUCAAGAAGAGCCACCUGUGGAUACAAAUAAUGAAAUUCCUACAGUUCAUUCUCCUAACAGUGAAAAACAUCUUACAUCUUCACCUACACAGUCUGGUAAUAUUUCUCAAAAAAUAACACGUCAAUCAAGAUCAAAAUCUCAAAGACGAAAUUUAGCUCGUUCACGUUCUAAAAGUCGAUCAACUUCAAGACGUCGUCCACGUCGUAUACCUUCAAAAUCUCGUUUACCAUCGUCAUUAUCUUCCGGACAAGAAGAACCUAAAAUUGAAAAUGAACAACAAACAGUUCAAAAUAUUCGUCAACCAAUAACAAGAAAUUCUCAACGAAAAACAAUAUUUUCACCACGAAUUAAAUCUUCGAAAUCAAUUGUACUUGUUAAUCCAGAAGAUCAGACUAUUGCUGUUGUAGAAAAUCCAUAUUUGAAAGGAGAAUCAAUUACACAAAUUAUAAAACGUCCAAUACCUAUGAAGAACAAUCGAUUUCUAGAGAAUGAAGAAUUAACAGAAGUGUCAAAAAAAGAAUACCGCAAAGGGAAUACAUGUCUUGAUUGUCUAUCAAGAUGUAUAUGUUUAAUUAUAAUUAUUUGUGUUAUUCUUGCUCUAAUCGGUUUAGCUGGUGUUGGUGUCAGUGCUUAUUUUCUUGCCACUGAUUCUCAAACAGAUUUUAUUCCGAAAAUUGUUGGUAUAGUUGUCGGUGCUGUAUUAGCUAUAAUUGCUUUAACUUUCUUAUGUUGUGUACUUGCAUGUAUUGGUUCACGUGAUGGAUAUUUUUCAUAUAAUGAUGAUAGUUCACAUACUGGUGGUAGAGUUUUUGCAGUAAUACCAUCUACACAUCCGAAUGCUCAUCUUUAUACUCCUCGUGAUAAUAUAGAAACGUAUAAAAAUAAUCAAACAUCAAUAUUAAAUUCAACUAUUCAACAACAAACAAUUAAUCGACAAAAAACAAUAAUAAAUGAUGUAAAUACUACAACAACAAAUACAAAAAAUAUUAUAAUUCAAAUGCCUGAACGUCUUUUAACAGCAAGAAAAACUUCACCAAAAUCACAAGAACGUAAAAUAAAUCAAGUAGUAAAUGAUAUUGGACGUAUUGUUCAAGAUGCUAAAAAACGAUAUAAUGGUGAUAUAUCAAAUAAAGUUAUUGUUAAAGUCGAUGAAAAUGUUAAACCAUUACCUACGUAA